CCCCGCCGCCGCCGCCACCGCCGCCGCGGCUGCCGGGGAGCGCGGAGCCGCGGGCAGGCCGGGCCGCACCGGAGCCCCGCGUCAGCCCGCGCCCCGCCCAAGCCCUGCGCCCGCGCCCUGCGCCUCACGAUGCGCGCCAAGUUGCGGGCCGGGGACCCCGGGCCGGCGCCCUAGGAGGCGGCGGCGGGAGGAUCGCGUCCCGACCCGAGGCUAGGCCUGCUGCGCGCCCCCAGCCCGAUCCGCACCGCCACUUGCCUGAGCGCCCCGGCGGCCCGGGAGCGCCCCAAACCCGGGGGCCACUGCUGCCACCUCCGCGAGGUCUCCCCGAGUCUUUGAGGACGACACAGCCUCGCUGGAGGCACUUUCUGGUGCCAGUGACGGGGUGGCCUGUGAGCCGAUGACGAGGACCGGCUUUUAAUCCUUGGUGGCCAUUAAUAGAAAGCAUAUUGGGGCCUGGGAGUCCCCCUUCCCCACCACCAUGUCGGGAUCCACACAGCCUGUGGCGCAGACGUGGAGGGCCACCGAGCCCCGCUACCCGCCCCACGGCCUCUCCUACCCCGUGCAGAUCGCCCGGACGCACACGGACGUCGGGCUCCUGGACUACCAGCACCACUCCCGCGACUAUGCCUCCCACCUGUCGCCCGGCUCCAUCAUUCAGCCCCAGCGGCGGAGGCCCUCCCUGCUGUCCGAGUUCCAGCCUGGGAAUGAACGGUCCCAGGAGCUCCACCUGCGGCCAGAGUCCCACUCGUAUCUGCCGGAGCUGGGCAAGUCAGAGAUGGAGUUCAUUGAAAGCAAGCGCCCUCGGCUGGAGCUGCUGCCCGACCCCCUGCUGCGACCGUCACCCCUGCUGGCCUCGGGGCAGCCUGGGGGAUCUGAGGACCUCACCAAGGACCGUAGCCUGACUGGCAAACUGGAACCGGUGUCUCCCCCCAGCCCCCCACACGCCGACCCUGAGUUGGAGCUGGUGCCUCCGCGGCUCUCCAAGGAGGAGCUGAUCCAGAACAUGGACCGUGUGGACCGAGAGAUCACCAUGGUGGAGCAGCAGAUCUCUAAGCUGAAGAAGAAGCAGCAACAGCUGGAGGAGGAGGCCGCCAAGCCGCCCGAGCCCGAGAAGCCGGUGUCACCGCCGCCCAUUGAGUCAAAGCACCGCAGCCUGGUGCAGAUCAUCUACGACGAGAACCGGAAGAAGGCUGAAGCUGCACAUCGGAUUCUGGAAGGCCUGGGGCCCCAGGUGGAGCUGCCGUUGUACAACCAGCCCUCUGACACCCGGCAGUAUCAUGAGAACAUCAAAAUAAACCAGGCGAUGCGGAAGAAGCUCAUCUUGUACUUCAAGAGGAGGAACCACGCUCGGAAACAAUGGGAGCAGAAGUUCUGCCAGCGCUAUGACCAGCUCAUGGAGGCCUGGGAGAAGAAGGUGGAGCGCAUCGAGAACAACCCCCGGCGGCGGGCCAAGGAGAGCAAGGUGCGCGAGUACUACGAGAAGCAGUUCCCCGAGAUCCGCAAGCAGCGGGAGCUGCAGGAGCGCAUGCAGAGCAGGGUGGGCCAGCGGGGCAGUGGGCUGUCCAUGUCAGCCGCCCGCAGCGAGCACGAGGUGUCAGAGAUCAUCGAUGGCCUCUCAGAGCAGGAGAACCUGGAGAAGCAGAUGCGCCAGCUGGCUGUGAUCCCACCCAUGCUGUACGACGCCGACCAGCAGCGCAUCAAGUUCAUCAACAUGAACGGGCUCAUGGCCGACCCCAUGAAGGUGUACAAAGACCGGCAGGUCAUGAACAUGUGGAGCGAGCAGGAGAAGGAGACCUUCCGGGAGAAGUUCAUGCAGCAUCCCAAGAACUUUGGCCUGAUCGCGUCAUUCCUGGAGAGGAAGACGGUGGCUGAGUGUGUCCUCUAUUACUACCUGACCAAGAAGAAUGAGAACUAUAAGAGCCUGGUGAGGCGGAGCUAUCGGCGCCGCGGCAAGAGCCAGCAGCAGCAGCAGCAGCCGCCGCCCAUGCCCCGCAGCAGCCAGGAGGAGAAAGAUGAGAAGGAGAAGGAAAAGGAGGUGGAGAAGGAGGAGGAGAAGCCAGAGGUGGAAAACGACAAGGAAGACCUCAAGGAGAAGACGGACGACACCUCAGGGGAGGACAACGACGAGAAGGAGGCCGUGGCCUCCAAAGGCCGCAAAACCGCCAACAGCCAGGGGAGACGCAAAGGCCGCAUCACCCGCUCAAUGGCUAAUGAGGCCAACAGCGAGGAGGCCGUCACCCCCCAGCAGAGCGCCGAGCUGGCCUCCAUGGAGCUGAACGAGAGUUCUCGCUGGACCGAAGAAGAAAUGGAAACAGCCAAGAAAGGCCUCCUGGAACACGGCCGAAACUGGUCGGCCAUCGCCCGGAUGGUGGGCUCCAAGACCGUGUCCCAGUGUAAGAACUUCUACUUCAACUACAAGAAGAGGCAGAACCUGGAUGAGAUCCUGCAGCAGCACAAGCUGAAGAUGGAGAAGGAGAGGAAUGCGAGGAGGAAGAAGAAGAAAGCCCCGGCGGCAGCCAGUGAGGAGGCUACGUUCCCGCCCGUGGUGGAGGACGAGGAGAUGGAGGCCUCGGGUGCAAGCGGGAACGAGGAGGAGAUGGUGGAGGAGGCAGAAGCCUUACAUGCCUCUGGGAAUGAGGUGCCCAGAGGGGAAUGCAGUGGCCCAGCCACUGUCAACAACAGCUCAGACACCGAGAGUAUCCCCUCCCCUCAUGCUGAGGCAGCCAAGGACACAGGGCAGAACGGGCCCAAGCCCCCAGCCACCCUGGGCACUGACGGGCCGCCCCUGGAGCCACCCACCCCACCGCCAGAGGACGUCCCAGCCCCAACUGAGCCCACCCUGGCCUCUGAAGCCACUGGAGCCCCCACGCCCCCACCAGCACCCCCAUCACCUUCCACACCCCCUCCUGUGGUACCCAAGGAAGAGAAGGAGGAGGAGGCCACAGCGGUGCCCCCAGCAGAGGAGGGGGAGGAGCAAAAGCCCCCUGUGGCCGAGGAGCUGGCAGUGGACACAGGGAAGGCUGAGGGGCCCGCCAAGAGCGAGUGCACAGAGGAAGCCGAGGAGGCUCCGGCCAAGGGCAAGGCUACGGAGGCCACCGAGGCCACAGCUGAGGGAACGCUCAAGGCAGAGAAGAAGGAGUGUGGGAGCAGCAGGGCCACUGUGGCCAAGGGCUCAGGCGCCCCCCAGGACAGCGACUCCAGUGCCACAUGCAGCGCGGACGAGGUGGAUGAACCCGAGGGCGGUGACAAGAACCGGCUGCUGUCCCCGAGGCCCAGCCUCCUGACCCCUACUGGUGACCCCCGGGCCACCACCUCGCCCCAGAAGCCGUUGGACCUGAAGCAGCUGAAGCAGCGAGCAGCUGCCAUCCCCCCCAUCCAGGUCACCAAAGUCCAUGAGCCCCCCCAGGAGGACGCAGCUCCCGCUAAGCUGGCUGCCCCGGCCCCACCGCCACAGCAGCACCUGCAGCCGGAGAGCGAGGCCCCUCAGCAGCCCGGCAGCAGUCCCCGGGGCAAAAGCAGGAGCCCAGCGCCCCCCACUGACAAGGAGGCAGAGAAGCCUGUGUUCUUCCCAGCCUUCGCCGCUGAGGCUCAGAAGCUGCCCGGGGAGCCCCCUUGCUGGACUUCCGGCCUGCCCUUCCCCGUGCCUCCCCGUGAGGUGAUCAAGUCCUCCCCGCAUGCCCCGGACCCCUCAGCCUUCUCCUACGCACCACCUGGUCACCCGCUGCCCCUGGGCCUCCACGACACCACCCGGCCCGCCCUGCCACGCCCACCCACCAUCUCCAACCCGCCUCCCCUCAUCUCCUCUGCCAAGCACCCCAGCGUCCUCGAGAGGCCAAUAGGUGCCAUCUCCCAGGGAAUGUCAGUCCAGCUCCAUGUCCCAUACUCGGAACAUGCCAAGGCCCCGGUGGGCCCUGUCACCAUGGGGCUGCCACUGCAAAUGGACCCCAAAAAGCUGGCACCUUUCAGCGGAGUGAAGCAGGAGCAGCUGUCCCCACGGGGCCAGGCUGGGCCACCGGAGAGCCUGGGGGUGCCCACAGCCCAGGAGGCAUCCGUGCUGAGAGGGACAACUCUUGGCUCGGUUCCAGGCGGAAGCAUCACCAAAGGCAUUCCCAGCACACGGGUACCCUCGGACAGUCCCGUCACGUACCGCGGUUCCAUCACUCAUGGCACACCGGCCGACGUCCUGUACAAGGGCACCAUCACCAGGAUCAUCGGUGAGGACAGCCCGAGUCGCCUGGACCGAGGCCGGGAGGACAGCCUGCCCAAGGGCCACGUCAUCUACGAGGGCAAGAAGGGCCACGUCCUGUCCUACGAGGGUGGCAUGUCGGUGACCCAGGGCUCCAAGGAAGACGGCAGAAGCAGCUCGGGACCGACCCACGAGACAGCCGCCCCCAAGCGUACCUACGACAUGAUGGAGGGCCGUGUCGGCAGAGCCAUCUCCUCGGCCAGCAUCGAAGGUCUCAUGGGCCGCGCCAUCCCACCUGAGCGACACAGCCCCCACCACCUCAAAGAGCAGCACCACAUCCGAGGGUCCAUCACACAAGGGAUCCCGAGGUCCUACGUGGAGGCGCAGGAGGACUACCUGCGUCGGGAGGCCAAGCUUCUGAAGCGAGAAGGCACGCCUCCGCCCCCGCCGCCCCCGCGGGACCUGAGCGAGGCCUACAAGACACAGCCCCUGGGCCCCCUGAAGCUGAAGCCGGCCCACGAGGGCCUGGUGGCCACAGUGAAGGAGGCGGGCCGCUCCAUCCACGAGAUCCCUCGAGAGGAGCUGCGGCACACGCCUGAGCUGCCCCUGGCCCCGAGGCCGCUCAAGGAGGGCUCCAUCACACAGGGUACCCCGCUCAAGUACGACACCAGCUCGUCCACCACUGGCUCCAAAAAGCACGACGUGCGCUCCCUCAUCGGCAGCCCCGGCCGGACAUUCCCUCCUGUGCACCCACUGGACGUGAUGGCCGAUGCCCGAGCACUGGAACGGGCCUGCUAUGAAGAGAGUCUGAAGAGCCGGCCAGGGGCUGCCAGCAGCUCGGGGGGCUCCAUUGCACGCGGGGCCCCGGUCAUCGUGCCAGAGCUGGGCAAGCCACGGCAGAGCCCCCUGACCUAUGAGGACCACGGAGCGGCCUUCGCCAGCCACCUCCCGCGAGGCUCGCCUGUGACCACACGGGAGCCCACACCGCGCCUGCAGGAGGGCAGCCUCUCAUCCAGCAAAGCAUCCCAGGAUCGAAAGCUGACAUCGACACCUCGUGAGAUCGCCAAGUCCCCGCACAGCACCGUGCCGGAGCACCACCCACACCCCAUCUCGCCCUACGAGCACCUGAUCCGGGGCGUGAGUGGCGUGGACCUGUAUCGCGGCCACAUCCCCCUGGCCUUCGACCCCACCUCCAUACCCCGAGGCAUCCCUCUGGACGCAGCUGCUGCCUACUACCUGCCCCGGCACCUGGCCCCCAACCCCACCUACCCGCACCUGUACCCACCCUACCUCAUCCGCGGCUACCCCGACACAGCGGCGCUGGAGAACCGGCAGACCAUCAUCAAUGAUUACAUCACCUCGCAGCAGAUGCACCACAACGCGGCCACCGCCAUGGCCCAGCGCGCCGACAUGUUGAGGGGCCUCUCACCCCGAGAGUCCUCGCUGGCGCUCAACUAUGCUGCUGGCCCCCGAGGCAUCAUCGACCUAUCCCAAGUGCCACACCUGCCCGUGCUGGUGCCCCCAACACCAGGCACCCCAGCCACCGCCAUGGACCGUCUCGCCUACCUCCCCACCGCACCCCAGCCCUUCAGUAGCCGCCACAGCAGCUCCCCGCUCUCCCCAGGAGGUCCCACGCACUUGACAAAGUCUACCACCACAUCCUCGUCUGAGCGGGAGCGGGAGCGGGAGCGAGACCGGGAAAAGUCGAUCCUCACAUCCACCACAACGGUGGAGCAUGCGCCCAUCUGGAGACCUGGUACAGAGCAGAGCAGCGGCAGCAGCGGCGGGGGUGGGGGCAGCAGCAGCCGCCCCGCCUCUCACUCUCACACCCACCAGCACUCGCCCGUCUCCCCCCGGACCCAGGACGCUCUCCAGCAGAGACCCAGCGUGCUGCACAACACAGGCAUGAAGGGCAUCAUCACUGCUGUGGAGCCCAGCACGCCCACGGUCCUGAGGUGGGCCAGGUCCACCUCCACCUCCUCACCUGUUCGCCCGGCUGCCACAUUCCCACCCGCCACCCACUGCCCACUGGGCAGCACCCUCGAUGGGGUCUACCCUACCCUCAUGGAGCCUGUCUUGCUGCCCAAGGAGACCCCCCGAGUCGCCCGGCCAGAGCGGCCCCGAGCAGACACCGGCCAUGCCUUCCUUGCCAAGCCCCCAGCCCGCUGUGGGCUGGAACCUGCCUCCUCCCCCAGCAAGGGCUCUGAGCCCCGGCCCCUCGUGGCCCCCAGCUCUGGCCACACCACCAUCGCCCGCACCCCCGCGAAGAGCCUCGCACCCCACCACGCCAGCCCGGACCCGCCGGCGCCACCCGCCUCGGCCUCAGACCCACACCGGGAAAAGACUCAAAGUAAACCCUUUUCCAUCCAGGAACUGGAACUCCGUUCUCUGGGUAAGACCACCCUGACAGCGGCCACCUUCAUAGACGCGAUUAUCAUGCGUCAAAUUACUCACGAUAAAGGGGCACGAGAAGGAGGUGCGCUGGCCAACGGCUCCCCUCGCGAUGGUUACCACAGCAGCAGCUACAGCCCCGAUGGGGUAGAGCCCGUCAGCCCCGUGAGCUCACCCAGCCUGACCCACGACAAGGGGCUCCCCAAGCACCUGGAGGAGCUCGACAAGAGCCACCUGGAGGGGGAGCUGCGGCCCAAGCAGCCAGGCCCCUUGAAGCUCGGCGGGGAGGCCGCCCACCUCCCACACCUGAGGCCGCUGCCCGAGAGCCAGCCCUCGUCCAGCCCACUGCUCCAGACUGCCCCGGGGGUCAAGGGUCACCAGCGGGUGGUCACCCUGGCCCAGCACAUCAGUGAGGUCAUCACGCAGGACUAUACCCGGCACCACCCACAGCAGCUCAGCACGCCCCUGCCCGCCCCCCUCUACUCCUUCCCUGGGGCCAGCUGCCCCGUCCUGGACCUCCGCCGCCCACCCAGUGACCUCUACCUCCCACCCCCGGACCAUGGUGCCCCAGCCCGUGGCUCCCCCCACAGCGAAGGGGGCAAGAGGUCUCCAGAGCCAAGCAAGACAUCGGUCUUGGGUGGCGGUGAGGACGGUAUUGAACCUGUGUCGCCACCGGAGAGCAUGACGGAGUCAGGGCACCCCCGGAGCGCUGUGUACCCACUGCUGUACCGGGAUGGGGAGCACACAGAGCCCAGCAGGAUGGGUUCCAAGUCUCCAGGCAGCACCGGCCAGCCGCCAGCCUUCUUCAGCAAGCUGACCGAGAGCAACUCCGCCAUUGUCAAGUCCAAGAAGCAGGAGAUCAACAAGAAGCUGAACACUCACAAUUGGAACGAGCCCGAAUACAAUAUCGGCCAGCCUGGGACGGAGAUCUUCAACAUGCCCGCUAUCACCGGACCAGAGUCUUGCUCUGUUGCUCAGGCUGGAACACAGUGGUGCACUCUCAGCUCACUGCAGCCUCUGCCUCCUGGGUUCAAGCAAUUCUUACACCUCAGCCUCCUGAGUAGCUGGGAUUACGGACACCCGACACCAGGCCUGUAUAAUUUUUGUAUUUUUAGUAGAGACAGGGUUUCACCAUGUUGCCCAGGAAGCUGGUCUCGAACUCCUGACCUCAGGUGAUCCACCUUCCUCGGCCUCCCAAAGUGCUGGAAUUACCGGCGUGAGCCACUGUGCCCAGCCUGGUUUUUCUUUUUAUGCAGUUUUUGUUCACAAAAAGAAAUUUUCCAGGCUCCAGUCUUUACCACUCAGCCUGUGUUGGGCUUUGCCUUUUUAAAUGGAGACACUUAAGCCCGGAGCCAGCUCCGUCAGGUCAUGGACUCGUGGCCUUGGGUAGGAGGUUCAGUCACGCUGCUAGGAUUUCAGCACUCAGCCCUGUUGGAAAUGUUGCUUUUUCUUCACACACAUGGCUGUUGUUUUAAAGUGCUUUAGAAAUGUGGCCAAGACAGCAGAAAAGGUGCGAGUGCCCCUGGCUCCAAACGCAUUUGAAACCAAAAGGAAAAGAAAGCGCAGGCAGCCAGCGGUUGCUGCAGAAACGUGACAUUCAGGCAUCUGCUUCACCUGCAACCUCACAGAAGCCUCAGUUUUGUUUACAAAGGAGCGAGCGGUCAGAAAGAAUCUUUGACCACUUUGUAUGUGUAUGGUUCACUCAAAGCAGAAGUUUAAAACCCCAGGAAAAUCCUGCCCUGUGGUAGGCCGGGUGGGAUAGGGGUGCACUGGGGACUUUUGAAAGCAAAGUCUGUUUUAACAAACACAAAUUCUGAAAAGUCAGCACCUAUGGGGGGUCAGUCCAUGUGGGUCACAAGAAAGAAAAACGAGAAAGGAAACUGGCGAACAGAAAGGGAGGUUUCCUGGAAUUGUCGGGGUGUUCCGGAAGCAUCCUCUUGGGUUUGGUUUGUUGAUUCGACCACUUUGUCCUUGGGAUGGGGCGGCUGGGCCAGCUGGGACCGGACCAGGGCUGGUGCCGUGAUUGUGUCUACCUCUGCCCCUCCCUGCACGUACCGUAACUGCAUGGCUACGACCCCACCCUCAUCGUCCGUCUCUGCACCUCUUUCUCCUCACGGCUCCUGGGUGGGAGAGGCGGAGGGAGGACAGUAGCCCAGCUUGUCGGGGAGGCAGGGGGCCACACAUCCCAAACCGCACAGCUGGAGGCAGGGCAGCAGGAAGACCAUCUGGUCACCUCUCUCAGACCAGAGAGAAGGUCUUCUCCCCACCAGCCCGCAGCUCUAGUUUUCUAGGAGUCCGUUCCCCAAACAGGACAGCCCUCCAGUCUCUCACCCUCUCCAUGAAGGCCACUUGGGAUUAAAGAGGAAAAACAGCCCCAGCUAGGAUUAGGGGUGCAGAGGGGGCUUGCAAUUUCCCAGAGGACAGACUAGGAAUGAGGUGAGGGGCAGGAAGGCAUCUAACCUCGCCCACCCCACCUCGCUUGCAGUGCCCAAGAGCUUCCGGGGCCCCAGGGAGAAGGAAACAGCCUCUCCCAUUUCAUCUCCACCCAGCUGAAAAAAAAGGGUGGGGAGGGGUAGGGAAAUAAAGGUGUUGCUUUGCCAAAAUGUGCUCACUGUGUAUUUCUCUCUCCUCCUCCUCCUUCCGUCUCUCCCUUCUCUCUCUCCGUCACCCCUCUGGCU